AAAUGGGCUCGUAGCAGUUUUCCUCUCAGAAUGGAAGUAGUGGUGGAGGUGAAAAGGACUAAGCUCUCUUGACUUGGUAGGAUACUGAAGCCGCCGUGGGAAAUUCGUAACAAAAGACACAUUUGAGGCUGGUCAUCCCUUAGUCCCCCCACCCCCGUAUGGACGAUGAGGAGGAUGAUGUGUUUGAGCCAGAUUCCAGCGGCUGGCGUACGACUUUCAGGGAGAUAAAGUGCAAAGACCAGGGCACACAGACACCCGGUCCUGCCCUGGUACCACACAGCGGCAUGCUGCCCUGUGGAGUCGCAGAGGAGCCCAGACCACUAUUCUACGGUAACGCAGGUUUUCGAUUGCACUUCCCAGCGCGCUUCAAACUUGUCGGGGAUCUUGAAGCGAGGCGACAAGACAGGGAAGAGGAGUCAAACGGGAUGGAGCGGCUGCCCCGGCAGCUGCCCGCGGCACGCAGCUUGGAAGUUUGCAUUGGACAGAAACUCCAGCUGAUUGGAGACCAGUUUCACCGGGAACACUUGCAACAGUAUCAUCGAAACCAAAGGAACCAAGGGCCAUUGUGGUGGCGCCUGACUGCAGCGCUCCUCAGCCUUCUGUUUGAUAGGGGGUUCAUUGCUGGAGGAGGGGUUGCAGGAUGGAGGUGAGGGGGGAUCUUCCAUUUCCAUACCUUCAUCUCAAUGAGAAACUGGACUCAUAUUCGCACUGUCAAAUUUAACACGGGUCUGUUUGGUAGAGGAAAGUAAGGAGACAAAAAGGUCACCGCGGGACGGCGACAACCAACAUUUAUACAAGGUGUUUUUUUUCUUUUUGAGAAGAUGCCAUGAUAUUCCGAAAUUCCUCUAAAGGACAAUGUUCAUAUUUCGGCCCACAUGUGAUGUAGUUUUGUACAGUACAUUGUUCUUGUUCAAUUUUUUGCACUUCAGCAUAUAUCCCUGUCAAAUGACCUCUGCAUACCCUGGGAAUGCCUUAUUCAGUGUCUUCUGCCAGAAGGAGAAUUGUACAUUUUAGACAGGCAAGAUGAGAUGGUUAAGAAAUGAAAGAAAAUGUUUCUUUUCUGAAGUCUCCCUGGUGACCACUCAAGUUGAUUUACUAAUUUCCAAAGAGGCCACGUCUCAGAACAA